AAUUGCGCAUGCGCUUGAACACGCAGCCACGCGAUACUGUCUAAAAGUAGUGAAUCAUUGUUGCAAUGUUGUUAGUAAGUUUGUGCGCCUUUUUUUAAUCUUGAUAAAAUAAGAAAAGAAAAAAUUGUUAUCACUAUAAUUAAUAAAGAAUAAUAAUUCUAAGAAAAAAUGGUCAAUGCUAUGAAAUUAUCUCUUGGUUCACGAUGUGUCAAAUAUCUGAUGUUCAUCUUCAAUCUAUUCUUCGUUAUCACCGGUAUAAUUUUAUUAUCCAUUGGAAUUGUAAUUCAUGGAGUUUAUCAUAAUUAUCAACAUUUCUUGGAUAAUAAAUUUUUAUCAGUUCCUUCUUUAUUGAUUGCAAUCGGUGCAAUUAUUUUUUUUAUUGCCUUUUUCGGAUGUUGUGGUGCUGUACGCGAGAAUUAUUGCAUGAUAAUUACGUUUACAUCGUUGUUGAUCAUCGUUUUUAUUUUGGAACUCUCGGGUGGUAUAUCAGGAUAUGUUUUGAGAGCUAGAGCAUCGUCGAUUAUUCAAAAUAAAAUGAAAGAUACAAUGAAGAUGUAUACUGAUAAUAAAGAAAUAACUUAUGUUUGGGAUAAACUUCAGCAAGAUUUUAAUUGUUGUGGAACAAAAAACGCAAGCGAUUGGAUGAAUACUAUAUCUGCACUUCCCCUCUCAUGUUGUAACAUUGAAAUGGGGGCUGUAGGAUCGGUAAAUUGUACUCUUGGAUCUCCAACAUUGCAUUCUCAAGGUUGUUAUUCUGAAUUUGUUUCUUUUGUUAACUCUCACGCUCUGCAACUUGGUGGCGUUGCCAUCGGAAUUGCUUUCGUUCAGUUAACGGGAGUAAUGAUAAUAUCUGUUGGAACAACAAUUUAUGCUGUUUAUGAAGAUUUCUCUCAUUUUCUGGAUCCCAGCUAUUUUUCUCCAGCAACUCUCUUAAUUGUUGUUGGAAUAUUAGUUUUUAUAAUAGCUUUUCUAGGAUGUUGUGGCGCUCUUAGAGAAAGUACUUGCAUGGUUCUUGUGUUUGCAGUAUCCCUUUCAGUAGUUCUCGUGUUAGAAUUAGCAGCUGCAAUUGCAGCUUAUGUUCUUCAAGAUGGAAUAAAGGAUCUUCUUGCCGAGAAAAUUAACAUUACUAUGCAUCAAUAUGGGAAGAAUGUAGAAGCUACGGAAGCUAUUGAUUUUCUACAAUCGAAACUUUAUUGUUGCGGUUACAAUGGAUAUAAAGAUUGGGAAGAAAUUAUGAAAGAACAAAAAUUUCCUUCAUCUUGUCAAUCAGAUAUUCCAUCAGAAAAUAAUACAUGCAUUUACGGCGAUAAAGAAAUUCUAUGUUCUGAAUUUUAUACGACUGGAUGUAUAAAAAAUCUUUCAAUCAUUAUUCAUAGGAGUGCACUUUAUAUCGGUACUGGAGCUAUAGCUAUUGCUCUUAUUCAGUUAACGGGAAUAAUGUUUGCCUGUAUGUUAGGCAAAGCAAUAAGAAGACAAAAAACAGAAAGGGAGAGACGUAAAUGGGAAUUAAGGGAAAGUUUAGUCAAUGGUUACCAACCAUUAGGAAAAUCAGAUCCUUUUACUACUUUUCCUGUUGUUUAUAUGUCUUCUGAUUCUUUGAAGAAUUUUUAGGAUUUUUUAUUAAUUCUUAAUGAAAUAAUUUUAUUUAAAAUAAUACUUUUCAAUUUCUUAAAACUUUAAAAAUA